CGGGGGCGGCGGGCGGCCCGGGGCUGCAGGGGCAGGAGCCGCCUCCUCCCAGGGCCUGCCUGGGCGGCCGCCUCCGCUAUGCGGCUGCUAGCCGAGGGGCGGCGAGUGAGGCUGCAGCAGUUAGCCGGGGACCUCGUCCGAGCCCAUCCGCCUUUGGAGGAAAGAGCCAGACUUCUCAGAGGUCAGUGUGUUCAACAAGUGGGACCCCAGGGCUUUCUGUUUGUUCAGCAAACAGAGCUUGUAGUGGCCUCCCCAAAGGAUGGCUCCAUCUCCAUUCUGGGUUCUGAUGAUGCCACUACUUGUCACAUUGUGGUCCUGAGGCACACAGGUAAUGGGGCCACCUGCUUGACACGUUGUGACGGAACCGACACCAAAGCUGAGGUCCCCUUGAUCGUGAACUCCAUAAAAUCCUUUUCUGACCACGCUCAAUGUGGAAGGCUGGAAGUGCACCUCGUUGGAGGCUUCAGUGACGACAGGCAGUUGUCACAAAAACUCACUCAUCAACUUCUUAAAUUAAAUGACCGGGAAGAAAACGAAAACCACUUUCCAAUAAUAUAUGGCAUUGCUGUCAACAUUAAGACUGCAGAGAUUUACAGAGCCUCCUUUCAAGAUCGGGGUCCGGAGGAGCAGCUGCGUGCUGCGCAAACUUUAGCAGGAGGACCAAUGGUAGGGGACACACAGGAGUGUCACAGGAGUGAGGAUCGUCAGGAGCAUCACCAGCUGACUCGGAUAGCAGACCCCAUGUUAGCUGAAAUGGGGAAAAACUUGAAGGAGGCCAUGAAGAUGCUGGAGGACAGUCAGAGAAGAACAGAAGAGGAAAAUGGAAAGGAGCUCAUAUCCGGAGAUAUUCCAGGCCCACUCCAGGGCAGAGUGACCUUGAGGAAUCCUGGGAGCUCAGGAAGGAAGGAGUGCCCAGAAGCAGGGACAGGGAGCUGGCUGGGGAGGACCAGAAAUCAGGUUAUCCAUUCUCUGCCUGAUGAUUUUCAUCCUGGGACUGACUUUUGUGGAAUUCCUUGGAUAGUUAUCAUUAUUGUGUUUCUGGGAAUUUCUACACUUGCCAUUUUCCUCUGGAAAACUAGCCUUUGUGUGUCUUUCCUCAAGACUGUCUUAAAGUCACAAAAUGUACAUGACGGAUCCAAGGAUGUACAGCGGAAAGCCUGGAGGUCCAAUAGCCGUAGCCGGGAAGGAAUUAAAUUUGGCCGGGAAGACCGCUUUACUUCAUGGAGACAUAUGGAAGCCAAAGUUCGAGCUGAAGUCCGUAAGGUGACAGGGAAGGUCAACAGUCAUUACAAAAUCAAUGGACAGAGGAAGACUGCUGAGGAAGAGAAACAAAACAUGAAAGAAUGUGAGCAAGCAGAAAACGAGAGGCAGCUAUCAGAGGCAGAGGAGAAUGGGAAAUUGGAUAUGAAAGAAAUACACACCCAACUGCAACCGUUUCAACGCACGCAAGAGUUGCAGCGGCGGGCAGAGGACUACUACAGAUGCAAAAUCGCCCCUUCUGCAAGAAAGCCUCUUGCCAACUCAGGAAGUUUGUUUGUUUUCCUUGCUUUUGGACAUAGUCUGCCAGGUCAGGACAUGGAUGUAUUUUUCUCCCCACAGCUCUGUGCUCAAGCCUUGCAAAGGUGGAGGGCAGAGAGGAAGGCUGCCUACAAGCGGCACAGGUGUGAAAUGAGGCAAAAGCAGAGAGUGCCAGAGAGACACAUGAGUCAGGAGCCAGUCCAGGGACGACCGGGCCUAGAGAACCCUUUCUGGAGGGCAGAUUCAGGACCUCAUUGGGUUCCCAUGAGGAACAGCAGCGGCGUCCCAGCUGAAAACACAGAGAAGACAAAGGUAAAUGCUGGGGACGUUUUCACUCUUCCUAUAUCAGGACGCUUUGGUCUUUUCCGACAAUGCCCUCUCCUGGCCUGGCCUCUGCUCUGUAGGUUCUGUGGUGCCUUUUCUGUCUCGACUUCUUGAGAAGCAAAAUCUUCUCCAUGAGCUUUCAGGCUUCUCCGUUCCCAGCUGAUCAUCGUUGGUGGCACCUCCAGAAUCCAUAAAAGCUCAGGGACCGAGGGCUGAUGGGCUUUUACUGUUCUGUUUCCAGAAAUAACACGAGGAGGCACCACUGACCUCCAGUACUGUAGGUCUCAUGGCGCGGUGAACUCUGACUGAUCCACCUUACCCAAGAUGUUGUGGGGUCUCAUUUCCGAAAUAUGUGGGAUUUUCUUUUGCUGUGAUUUUGUUUGCAUUCUGCCGUAAUGUAGGUGAUUAACGUUUGAAAUAUCUGCUGUAUUCCCAGAAGUGAAAAUAGUGAAAACGCAUUAAUCUAACAUUAAUUUGUGCUUUGUGCAAUUUUGAAUGCUCUUUGACAAGGCCAAUUCCAUAGUUCGUCACAGUCCCAUCCCUGUUGGUAACCAUGUUGUGCAAAAACACCUUCAUACCCACACAGUGGGGCCCCUGAUCUAAUAUUCUAAGUGUCAGAGGUUCCAUAUUUGUAAUAGCAAAUAGGCCCUGACUGUAAAUUAGUGAAGAGUGAAUGUAACUUAUUACCUACAGGGACAAUUCCAAAUGAAGGCCUUAAAUGAUGCUCAGCUAAGCUGAUUCUUGUGUGGCCUCUGUACCUUCAAAAGCUGCCGAGUCCUAUGAUUACACAUGAUGAGACUUGUACACUUGAAGUGAAACACAGUUUUAAAACUUGCUUUCUUUAGAAUUCCCACCUCAUUUUUCCAUGGGGUAUUCUUUAUGUCGUAGUGCACUUACAAUUUGGUAUUACCUGGGAGUGAAAAGAAAUAUUACAGCCAUGUCUAACUGACUUCUUGAGAUAAGAUUGUUCUGUCAGAAAUCCCUCUCCCAGUUCCCCUGAAGCUCUUCAGGAAUCCACAUCUCUCCAGAGCUCUUUGUUCUCAUGGGUGGCACCUCCAGAGUGAAGAAGAUCCUUUGUCCAGAAGGGAAACAGAGGGGAAAUGAGAGGGUCCCGCAGGCAGAGCUGGAAUCAACUUCCACUCUGCCUCUUGCAAGCUGUGUGACCCUGGGCACAAUUUCUCCUUCCUCUGGAAACCUCUGUUUUCUUCGAUUUGGAGCAGGGUGGUCACACUGACCUUGCAGAGUUCUGAGAAUCAGAGACAGAACAUAAAAGGCCUGGAAAACAUUCUCCAAAAAGAAGCUGCAACAUGUGUGGACAAUGGGCUUUUCAUGCCUCUCUUACUCUCUGUUGACCUGGUGCAAGAAACGUGCUCUGGUGCUGGCUGUGAGGGAGGAAAGAGGAUAGACAUAGACACUCCUGUGUCUCAAACAUGCUUCUUUAUUACCCUGUUAUUACUCUGUCUUCCCUGGGGCAGGACCCCAGCCUGCCUCCAUUUGCAAACAGACACAGUGGCAUGUGGAGACAACAGUGUGUCCCAAUGACUUUUCUUUACUCCCCAGCUGUGGGCAGUACUCAGUGGAAGGGUGAUAUUAUGACACUGAUACUGCUAUUUUGAAACCUGGAGGAGGGAAAGGUGCAAAAAUCUAUCACCAGCAACAGAAGGUGCAGCCUGUGUUGGUGGCGGUAAUUUUGUCCAUCAAAUGAAUAUGUGUGAAAACAUUUCCUCCUUCGGCCCUACAGGUCAGGAUGGCGGCAGUGGAGCACCAUCAUUCCUCAGGGUUGCCCUACUGGCCCUACCUCAUGGCUGAAACUUUAAGAAAAAGGAUGGGCCACAAGCCAACUCCUCCACCUCAGUGUGAUCUGAGAGGUCAGCCACAUCCAUCAGUUAAAGGGUGUCUGAGACUGCUGACUCUUUCUCGACUACAGUGUCUACUAGGACCUCAACCACAUUCAACAACUGAUGAUUUUCUGAGAACAGAGACACCUCAAGACGAGUGUGCCCUGGGACCUGAACCACUUCCUCGAGCUGAUGAUUUUCCGAGACUCAAGACACCUCCCGAGGGUCUUUUCAUACCAAUUUCCCCUUUUCCAGUUGAUGAUUCUCUGAGCCUGAAGACACCUCCCGAGUGUCUUCUGGUACCCCUUCCACCUUCUCCAGUUGAUGAUUUUCUGAGACCACAAACACCUCCCGUCCAGUGUCACCUGAGACCUGUACCAUUUCAUCAAGCUGAUGAUAUCAGGAGACUCAAGAAACCUCCUGACUGUUUUUUCACACCCCUUCCACCUUCUCCAGUUGAUGAUUCUCUGAGGCUGCAGACACCUCCUGAGUGUCUUCUGGUACCCCUUACACCUUCUCCAGUUGAUGAUUUUCUCACACCACAGGCACCUCCCAUCGAGCGUCGCCUGGGACCUGUAGCAUUUCCUCGAGCUGAUGAUUUUAGGAGACCCAAGGAACCUCCCGAGUGCUUUUUCGCACCCCUUCCACGUUCUCCAGUUGAUGAUUCUGUGAGCCUGAAGACACCUCCCAAGUGUCUUGUGGUACCUCUUCCACCUUCUCCAGUUGAUGAUUUUCUCACACCACAGGCACCUCCCAUCGAGCAUCGUCGCCUGGGACCUGUAGCAUUUCCUCAAGCUGAUGAUUUUAGGAGACCCAAGGAACCUCCCGACUGUUUUUUCACACCACUUCCACCUUCUGCAGUUGAUGAUUCUCUGAGCCUCAAGAAACCUCCCGAGUGUCUUCUGGUACCCCUUCCACCUUCUCCAGUUGAUGAUUUUCUGAGACCACAAACACCUCCCGUCCAGUGUCACCUGAGACCUGUACCAUUUCAUCGAGCUGAUGAUAUCCGGAGACUCAAGAAACCUCCUGACUGUUUUUUUGCACCCCUUCCUCCUUCUCCAGUUGAUGAUUCUCUGAGCCUGAAGACACCUCCCGAGUGUCUUCUGGUACCCCUUCCACCUUCUCCAGUUGAUGAUUUUCUCACACCACAGGCACCUCCCAUCAAGCGUCAUCACCUGGGACCUGUAGCAUUUCCUCGAGCUGAUGAUUUUAGGAGACCCAAGGAACCUCCCAACUGUUUUUUCUUAUCACUUCCACCUUCUCCAGUUGAUGAUUCUCUGAGCCUGAAGACACCUCCCGAGUGUCUUCUGCUACCCCUUCCACCUUCUCCAGUUGAUGAUUUUCUCACAUCAGAGGAACCUCCCAUCAAGCGUUGUCGCCUGGGACCUGUAGCAUUUCCUCGAGGUGAUGAUAUCAGGAGACUCAAGAAACCUCCUGACUUUUUUUUUGCACCCCUUGCACCUUCUCCAGUUGAUGAUUCUCUGAGCCUGAAGACACCUCCCGAGUGUCUUCUGGUACCCCUUCCACCUUCUCCAGUUGAUGAUUUUCUCACACCACCAGCACCUCCCAUCAAGCGUCAUCACCUGGGACCUGUAGCAUUUCCUCAAGCUGAGGAUUUUAGGAGACCCAAGGAACCUCCCGACUGUUUUUUCUUACCCCUUCCACCUUCUCCAGUUGAUGAUUUUCUCACAUCAGAGGAACCUCCCAUCAAGCGUUGUCGCCUGGGACCUGUAGCAUUUCCUCGAGGUGAUGAUAUCAGGAGACUCAAGAAACCUCCUGACUUUUUUUUUGCACCCCUUGCACCUUCUCCAGUUGAUGAUUCUCUGAGCCUGAAGACACCUCCCGAGUGUCUUCUGGUACCCCUUCCACCUUCUCCAGUUGAUGAUUUUCUCACACCACCAGCACCUCCCAUCAAGCGUCAUCAUCUGGGACCUGUAGCAUUUCCUCGAGCUGAGGAUUUUAGGAGACCCAAGGAACCUCCCGACUGUUUUUUCUUACCCCUUCCACCUUCUCCAGUUGAUGAUUUUCUCACAUCAGAGGAACCUCCCAUCAAGCGUUGUCGCCUGGGACCUGUAGCAUUUCCUCGAGCUGAUGAUAUCAGGAGACUCAAGAAACCUCCUGACUGUUUUUUCGCACCCCUUCCACCUUCUCCAGUUGAUGAUUCUCUGAGCCUGAAGCCACCUCACGAGUGUCUUCUGGUACCCCUUCCACCUUCUCCAGUUGAUGAUUUUCUCACACCACCGGCACCUCCCAUCAAGCGUCGUCACCUGGGACCUGUAGCAUUUCCUCAAGCUGAUGAUUUUAGGAGACCCAAGGAACCUCCCGACUGUUUUUUCUUACCCCUUCCACCUUCUCCAGUUGACGAUUUUCUCACAUCACAGGAACCUCCCAUCAAGCGUUGUCGCCUGGGACCUGUAGCAUUUCCUCGAGCUGAUGAUAUCAGGAGACUCAAGAAACCUCCUGACUGUUUUUCUGCACCCCUUCCACCUUCUCCAGUUGAUGAUUCUCUGAGCCUGAAGAAACCUCCCAAGUGUCUUAUGGUACCUCUUCCACCUUCUGCAGUUGAUGAUUUUCUCACACCAAAAACACCUCAACUACAGUGUCACCUGAGACCUGUACCAUUUCAUCGAGCUGAUGAUAUUAGGAGACUCAAGAAACCUCCUGACUGUUUUUUUGCACCCCUUCCACCUUCUCCAGUUGAUGAUUCUCUGAGCCUGAAGACACCUCCCGAGUGUCUUCUGGUACCCCUUCCACCUUCUCCAGUUGAUGAUUUUCUCACACCACAGGCACCUCCCAUCGAGCAUCACCUGGGACCUGUAGCAUUUCCUCGAGCUGAUGAUUUUAGGAGACCCAAGGAACCUCCCGAGUGUUUUUUCGCACCCCUUCCACCUUCUGCAGUUGAUGAUUCUCUGAGCCUGAAGACACCUCCCGAGUGUCUUCUGGUACCCCUUCCACCUUCUCCAGUUGAUGAUUUUCUCACACCACAGGCACCUCCCAUCGAGCGUCGCCUGGGACCUGUAGCAUUUCCUCGAGCUGAUGAUUUUAGGAGACCCAAGGAACCUCCCGAGUGUUUUUUUGCACCCCUUCCACCUUCUCCAGUUGAUGAUUCUGUGAGCCUGAAGACACCUCCCGAGUGUCUUCUGGUACCUGUUCCACCUUCUCCAGUUGAUGAUUUUCUGAGACCACAAACACCUCCCGUCCAGUGUCACCUGAGACCUGUACCAUUUCAUCGAGCUGAUGAUAUCAGGAGAGUCAAGAAACCUCCUGACUGUUUUGACCGUUUUUUGUUUUGUUUGCUUUUGUGUUUGUUUUUUGUUUUAUUUUUAUUGUGUUGGAGGAAGGCGUCUGUUAUGUUGUUGAUUCUAUUUAUUCAUCAUUUUUGCAACACAUAAAUUCAUUUAAGUAUUGAUUGUGCACCUAUCAUAUGAUAAGCAUUUUUUCAUCAUUCCCCCACUUCCAGAACCCUAAGCUUUUCUCACUGUUAGAACUGCUAGUUUAUUUGUAUUUCAGUCACUUUGACUAUAAACUCCUUGAGUGUAGGUGCUUAGAUUUUUUUCACUGCUUAGCCCCCAAUGCCUGUAUAGAGUAAGCUCUUUUUUUUUUUUUUUUUUUGUACCAAAUGCCCAAUGGCCAAUUUAUUCUGUUUCAAUAACAACUAGGCAUCAUUUUCAAAGGGCCAUAUACUGACAACAGACUGCCCAGAAAUUAUCUCCCUAUGUAGGAAAACUACAGAAGACAAGUUCUUAGACUUUUAAUGCCCAUUACAGUAGCCAUUAAUGACAGGUGACUACCGAGCCUUGAAAUACGAUAGUCCAAAUUUAGAUGUGCUAUAAGCUUAAAUUACACACCACAUGUCAAAGCCAUAAGACCAAAAACUGUAAAAGAGUCUGGUAAUUUUAUAUUUAUUAUAUAUUGAAAUGAUAUUUGGUAUUUUAGAUAUAUUGAGUUAAAUAAAAGUUAAAUUCA